GCGGCACGUGACGCGAGUGCUCAACAACAACAGCGAUCAGCUGACUGAGAGGCUGAUAAGAGGAGAGUUUAAAAGAGCUGCAAGUCAAGAUGGUUUCAUUGAGAGUUAGCUGUACAUCACGGUGACAGCAGGAGAGUUUGUGAGGAGACUGACCGAGCAGCAGGAGUUUGUUUCUUAAAGUGUCCUGAGUUUGUUUUAAAGAUAUAAGAUGAGCAUCAAUGCAGAUAGAAGCACAGACUUCUACGAUGAAUGCACCGCCGGAGACUCAGAACGCAGCGAAACUACACCUUUAUUAGCAAAUGUAAGUAUUUAAAGAGCAGUCUGUCUGUGAAACAGUGAAACUUUAAUUCAAUUGCAUGAACUUAACCUCUAUCACGUGCGCGCGCUGAGGGUUUCAGGUUCCUGUCUGCUUUCUGCUUCAGUCAGCACUUAAAGGGACAAAUCAGACCAAAGCAGGAUUCACACGACAUUAUCCAUGUAUCUUUACUUUAAGAACACAUAUAUGGGUAUUUAUCCUGCACUUAUUCUACUGAUUCAUUUGAAGAUAUAUUUUAAGAAUGAAAACCAUCAGAAAAAGCUCCUCACAGUUGAGAUUUCUGUUUGUAGAUCAUUAACUACUUGCACUUUUCCUUGUGCUCUUUGUGAAUUUUUUUUAUAGAACUUCUGCUGUGUUUUUUAUGAGAAGUUUUGUAAUUCUCUACAUUUGACAUUGACUCAGCUACAGAUUUAAAAAGAAUUGAAGGUCAGACAGGGUACGAGCUUUCUGUCUGACUCGCAGACGUAUAACACCUCAUUAUUAGGUGAACUAUCCUUGAGGAAAAGACAAAACCUUCAAAAAUCAUCACUUAAGAUUCUGUUGUAAAGUUAGAAGUGUAUCUGUCCUCUCCAGUUCAAAAACUUUCCAUUGAUUGUUUGGUUUUCAUUUGUGCAAGGUGUCCUUCUAGCAGAAGAAGCAUAGUUUGUGUCAAACUAUGAACAAGGCUGUUUUCAAUCAAUCUCAGCUGAGGUUGAGGUUGAGAUUGCAGACAUACUGAACAACUUCAAAUGAAGUUUAAAAUUUUAAAAAUGAAAAAGCAGGAAAAAAAAGUGCUUUCAUUUGAUGUUUGUGUUGAGUUAAUCAGUAGUAGUGAUUUAUCUGACAGGCUUAGCUGGUAACUUUAGAGUUGUUUCAAUUGUAGUUGAGUACUUGAGUUGAAUGUUGUAGUACUCCAGUACUUGAACCAGCCCUGGUUGAGUUCACCAUCAACAAAAUAAACUAAUAGUGAACAUUUUUAGCUCUCUACUCUACACUAGUGAUUGACCCUGUAAAGGGUAAAGUAGUAUCAUUAAUCUCUAGUCCUCUGAUGAGAUCUAUUCCAGUUGUCCCCAUUAGCACUAUCAACGUGGAUUAACUGUCCAUUAUAAGGGGGUUUGGGUCGAGUUUGUGUCAAACGAUGAACAAGACUGUUUUCUGAUCAAUCUCAGCUGAGGAUGAGCAGAGGGUAAAGAUUGCAGACAAACCGAACAACUUUAAAUGGAGUUUAAAAGUUGAAAAAUGCCAAAGCAGGAAAAAUCAUGCUUUCAUUUAAUGUUUAUGUUGAGUUAAUCAGUAGUAAUGAUUAAUCUGACAGGCUUAGCUGGAUGAAGUAACUCCAAGUCUUGAUAGAUUUGAUUAAUCAGGAUUGUUCUCACACCGUCAGAGGAAGUGGAUAAACGGCUGUUUCCUUAUUUGAAUGAACUGUUGUCAGACUAAGUGGCUUAAUUAAACCGCAUAGUAAAAACAAAACAGAACAGGACUUAUAUGCACUACUAUCUUAAUGAGUCAUAUCUUCAAUCCAAAAUCAAUCACAAGAAUCAAAGUUGAAAUGAGACUAGUGAGAUAAGCAGUGAUAAGUCAGCUUUUAGAAGUCUUGUUGCUUUACUCAGCACUGAGCAUGCCGGGAUAUAUUGAACCCUCCUGUCGCCUCUUUUGACACAAGCUGAUGAGAAAUGCGUCUGUAUGAGUAAACCUUUAUUUUUUAUCAUGCUUUCAUAGUACAUAUUUGUUUUCAUUCCUUCAGAGAAUCAGAUUAUUUGAUUUAGUGUCUUAUCAGUUAUGUCAGAACUGCAACUCAUGGUAAUUCACAUUCAGCAGCUCACAGGUCAAUCCAAGCUUGUUGUGACACUGACACCAGAGUUGCUCACUCGCUCUCUUCAGGAUAUCCCCUAUUACAGAGGUCAAGCAGUUCAGGCAGCACCCCUUAUCCUGAGCUCAGGCAGCUGUCCCACAGCCAGCAGCUCAAAUCCAACCCCAACCAUUCCCAUUUCCAUUCCCUGAUCCUGCAUGCCUCUGCAGUGUUGUUUCAUGACAUCCAUCAUCAGGGGCUGCCAGUUGUUCCUUCCUCUCUUCAAGCUCUUAUAAAAAGAAAAAAAAAACAGAUUUCUCUUCUAUUUUUUUUUGUCUUCAAACUUUAACCUCUAAAUAUUUUCACUCCUCCAUGUGCAGGGAUCAUCAGCACAGACCAGGGCAAAAGGAGCGUCCUUCGCCUCCUCUGUGUUCAACCUGAUGAAUGCCAUUAUGGGCAGCGGCAUACUUGGUCUAGCUUAUGCUAUGGCUAGCACUGGAAUAGUUGGUUUUUGGUGAGAGUUCAACACACUGCUGUUAAAAUAUCUGCCCUUUAUUUUUGAAUAAAUUAGACAAAAUACAACUACUGUAACACUCAUUUAUCCUGUGUUUCUUUCCUCUGAAGUAUCCUGUUGAUUGUAGUUUCCAGCCUGGCAGCGUACUCUAUACAUCUCCUCCUGAAGUUAUGUGAUCAAACAGGUGAGUGACUAACAGCUGAUAGAGUAUCACUCAAAAGCACAUCCUCCUUUAUCCAAAGGAGGUAAAACCGUCUUCACUUGUAGUUCUUUUAAACUCUCCCCUGUGUCAUAUUGUCACUCAUGAUCAAAUUGCUGUAAAGGGAAGCCAGCCAACAGUCAUCAAGAUCAUGUCAGCUCUUUGUGUCUGUUUUCUUUCUGUAUUUACUUACCAGUAGUCAUCUGAUCGGAGAUAUUUAGAUAAUGUUUAAAGUGCAAAGAAACUGGACCAGAAUAGAUCGUGGUGGGUUGUUUUCUCAUUAAUCACGAACCAAAUACUGAUAAGAUUUAUUUCAUGAAAGGAGGGCAAUCCUUUAGUAAUUUGAACAGAUUUGAUUGCUCAGGACGUAUGAGUUGAAGUGUUUGAAAUCAACCAGUCUGUAAAUGACAGCGUCAUCAGCUGCCCUCCUCUGAACAUUGGCCCUUACUUUGCCCAUGAAACUUAAAUACUUGCUUUGCAUCACUUCAGUUAAGUGGUAUUGUGCCAGUUUAACUAGGCAGCCUACAAACAAUUUUAUCCCUAUUUUUUAAAUCGAAACACUUCCAAAUCCCGCUGCACGACAUAAAGCUACCUAUCAACUGAUUUUGUGUUCAUUGGUUUAGUCGAGCAAUAUAACAUCUGAGUGGUGGCCUUUAACCUGAGCUAAAGCCUGGCUAGAAGGGCAUGGUUGUGCUACACUUAAGGCACAGCAUUUGACUGACAUCUCAGGCCUACAGUAAUGAAAAUAUUAAUUAAUUAUUCAACCAUUGAUUAAUUGGAAGCCCCCUAUGAAUGGUAUGGAUAUCUAGUAAUUUAGCUGAUGAAAGCCAGACAUACUUAGUUUUGACAAAGAGAGGGAAAACGUACAAUAAAGAAAGAAGACAAUUGCUUCCGCUUGAUUAGUCUCUUGAAACAAGAAUUAUUUGUUUAAGUUAACUAAUCCAGAACAAUUUGGCUUGAAAUAUCUGAAAACAAGAUUUAUAUUUGGACCUGUCAAGUCAAUAUAGCUUAAAUUCAAUGUAAUGAGAUAUAUUGAUUAGAAUCGAGAAGUCCAGUUGGUUAGAUGUCACAUUUUUGUGGUGUCGACAUCUUCUAGUCAUGCAGUUCCUGAAAAAGCUUUGCUACUUUUUAAAAAUAUUUCUUCAUCAGUCACUGAGAGAAAAGUCCCUAAGUGCAGUACUGUCCAUGAAAAGUAGUAAAGUAAAUGGGCUGAUACCAAACAUGCUACAAGUACACAAACUUUUGAAUCACAGUAAUAUGAGUACAUGUAAAAAGUGACAGCCUGUAAAAAGACUCUUGUUAAGUUACCGUGUAUUUCUGACUGACUCGCAGGUAUCAACUCAUAUGAAGGCCUCGGUGGGAGAGCCUUGCAAAAGCCAGGAAAAGUGAGUGUUGUCUUCUGGAUUAGUGUCAAAGGGAUUCACUCACUUAACAUCUCUGUAUCACCAGGAGACAUAUUUACACUCACCGCCUUUCCCAAACUCUUUUAUAGGUUCUGGUUGGAAUCACUAUUCUCAUUCAAAACAUCGGAGGUAAGUCAGCUCCUAUUUAACUGAACGGUUUCAUACAUUAUCUCUGACAUGUUGGACAUUGAGUGAGUUUGUGGUUUUAUGGAAGCAGAGUGGUGAAGUAUUUCGUCAGACUCCAGCUGGUUUGUCUUAGAGGCAGAUAGCUCCUCCUACUGGUGACCAAAAGAUUCUUUACUUUGGUCGUCUAUAUACAGAUUCUUUGAUAACCUUUGACCCUGUAGCCGCUGUCCUCUCAGCCCCCUCCCCUGAGCCUGAAACCUGAUUUCUCAUCUAAUUGAUCACUGAUGGUAAACCCACCCUGCAUUGAGUAACCUAAUGGACCCCCCAGUCCCUCCACUUCUCUCUCUCUCUCCCUCUCUCUUCCACUGUCCCACUUAGGCACACGCUGCCCCUCUCAGACAGUGCAGAGCUGAGGUGAUAGCUCCUCUGCAGUCAUUAGCGGCACGUCUGAGUGGAUUACUGCCGUGCCCCUUGGUAUGUUUGUGGUUUCCCCAGCAUGGGGCAGUAUGUGUGAGAGUGUGAGAGCCGGCACUCCAACACGCAUCUGUCCACAACCCCGGGCCUCCUUUUAUAAGAGUGCAAUUAGCCUCACUCUGGGUAAACAUUCAUCUGCUCUGCCAAAGCCUGAUGGGCCAAUUGACCUUAAUUACUGACCAGCCCAGGGCUCUCUCAGCCCGCCUCUCUGCUCUCUCCUAAUGAAAUGAAAGUGGCUCUGUCUUUUGUUGAACUCACUCUACUGCUGAGCGCUGACCACACACAGAAAGUUUACGUCAAUUUUCCCUAUAAAUUUUUACAUCCUUGCUCUUUAUUUGAAUGUUUUCACCUCUGCGUUUGCCAAUAACAACUCUUUUUCUUUCACUCAAGGGCUCUUUCUUGUUUAGAUAUGUAAGUAUGAUCCAGGGAUUCCCAUGAAAAGUGUUGUUGUGCUAAACAUCAGCAUGAGACUAAACCAUUGCAUCAUGCUUGCUGUGUGAUUCCUGUCAGUGUGGUUACAAUUAUUUUCAGUUUUUAUGGCUCUGUUUUUAAGUUGAUGGAUAAAAAACUCAAAAGCCAUCCCCACCUCAGAAUAACCUCUUAAUGACAGAUUGAAGUGCUCAUAUUCACAGAGAGAGUGUGUCCUUGUGUCUGUGUGGGCUGAGAGGGUUUUUAGAGGAAUUUUCUUUCAUAAACAAAGACAGGAUCUGAGGGAUUAUGGUCUAGGCUUAUUUAACGGCGAGUGCAAGACCUGCCCCUGGGGCUAUAAGGUCCUGGCUAACUCUAGCUAGCUCUGCUUGGCUUCCCAAAUUGAAAUCCCUUCACACACACACUCCCUUUAUGACUGACCACACACUGCAUCUGCAUCCCCACUCAACCAGAAACGCCUUCCCCACUUGGUUCAAGCCCCAUCUCUAGUUUCAAACUUUCCUCCUGGUGUUAUUGAAGCUGGUACGACCCUCAGGAAGUGACCCUGAUCCCCUCUCUGAUUGGCUGUCCAUGGAAGGAUAUCAGAGCCUGUCGGAGGCUGAUAAUAUCCUGUUUCCUCGAGAGGUGGAGCAGAGGGGAGAAAUACCUGGAUUAGCGUCAGAGAUCAUUAUUGUUAGCAUUCCUCCCUCUCUCUGCCUUUUCUUCAACUCGGUUGCUUCUGCGGGGUCUCCAGCAGUUGGAAGAUCUGCAUAACGUCUGCUCCUCCACACUGAGGGCUUUUCUGGUGAUCCCUUUUAGCUUCCCGCCCCACCCAUCUGCAUUAACUCAGAGCCGCCAUACCCCAUCCACCCUGACUCCCAUUUCCUUCUGCUGGAAAACACUCAAACCUCACACAGCAAUUCACAGCCCUUUGUAGCAGCGCGCAGUCGUGUGUUGUGUCUCGUAGUUUGUUGUAAUUAUGUGCAUGUUUUUGCUGUCUUUAACUCAAACUCAGACAUUUGUUCUCUUCUCUUCCUUCAGCUAUGUCAUCAUAUCUGUUCAUCUUAAAGACGGAGCUUCCUGCAGCCAUCAACAGCUUCUUGAGCUCACACGGCACAGGGUGGGUAUAUUCAUCAGUUUGAGCUCGCUCUUUCACCAGUGAAAAGGUUUGAUUUAAAAUCUCUCACAGCUGCGGGGUAAAACCAAGGCCUUUUUUUAAUGUAUGAGCUGCCUCAGCAGAUAAUGUAUGAGUCAUUCCUGUUCCCAUGAAGAUGUAGAUCGAAGAUUUGACUUUGAAUAUGUCCAACCUGACACAUCUGUGCCACAAAGAGUCAAGAACUAGAAAAUGAAAAAAGAUAUGAAUAACGCAUGGAAGAUGAUCUCGAAACAAACCACACUGCAGUACUUCUAUUCUGUGUGUGAGUUAUAAAGCUGAAAGCAUGUCCAGAGGAAAUGUACUCAUGUCGUAGAGCGAUCCAUCACGCAUCAUCAGCGGCUGCUGUCUUUCAUUGGCCCAUGAGGACAAUCCUGCAGGCCAAGGCCAAGAAAGUAACUCCUAUCACUUUAUUAUUGGCCACACUGGUUUAAGCAAGGAUAUGUAGCUGCUCUCAACUCGAUCUGUCAACAUCUGAAUCUUCCGCACACAGCUGCUUUGUAUUAGCACUCUCCUUUCACCCCCAAAUCUCUCGCACAUGUUCCUCAGAAUCAGACUGAUACAAGGGGAUAUCAGUUUUGCCAUUCUAAUUACAGCUCGCUGCUGAGGGAAACAAAACAUUUCUGUUAAUGAGCGGCUUUGGGAUGUUAAGAGACACACACUCCACCCCGUCAAAGCCAAAAUAAACGAGUUGUGUUACAUUAAAACCCAUCUUUUUUUCCAGCUCGUUGAUCACUACACAGCCGCAGAAAAGCAGUUAUGCAUGAUCUUGUCCGUGCUGUUUUAAGUUUCUCUCGUCAUGUUUCAGUUUUUUGCAACAAGGCCAAAUACAUGCGCAGCUGUAGAUUUGGUUUAUGUGCAGCAUUGGGGAGAUUUAUGCUGAUCUUCAACACUAUGUGAAGAUUGACUCAUUGGCAGUCAAACUCCAACCUUAACCCAGAGCGAUCCUGCAUCUUGUUAGAGCGUGAAAUGUUCCACAUUUCAUGGGUCAUCUAGGUAUCCUGCAUCUUUACAGUAAGCCUCAAGCUGGAUCCUAGCAGGACUGGGGAUUUCUUCUUAACAUCCCCGUGUCUGCUUAUCACUCUGUAAAAGUAGGAUAGAGGGUUAACUAAGCUGCGGUCAAGCACUUUGGCUAAACUUAGGCUGAGGUAGAAGUGAUUGGACAAGAGGGAGUCGGGGUCAGAGCAGAGGUCUCGCUGACAUCCAGUAACGGGGCAGAAAAACUAGCGUAGACGCAGACAAAUCCAUCCGCGCCUCUGCUAACGCCACAGCUGUGAAACUGCCAAACAGGGGUCAGUGGGUGUUGAUGUGGUCCGAGCAGGUGCUGCCGACUGUGGGAGCCCCAUAAAGAGUGCUGGAGCCAGUCCCUCAUGACCCCCACGCUGCGGUCCAGCUCCAGGCAGCACCCUUCCCAACCCGACCCCGACCCCAGCAGAGCCAGCAUGCCUUCCACAUGUGUCACCUCCGAACGCCACACCUCCUUCCCCCUCUCCUCUUUUUCCUACUCCUUUAGCUCCACAAUCCUGAAUAAACGGCCAAGGCUAUCCCUCGGCAAAGGAAAAUAUUAUUCCCCCCUCCUCGAAAAACCCAGCAAGUCAAAUGUGGUCUCAAAUGACAGAGCGACACGACUUUUGCAUGUGAAUUACAUAAUUGUUAUGGUUUGCAAGAGCUAAAGCCCUUAAUUCAUACCACAUGAUGGAUCUGUCGCUCUGUAUUUGAGCACGAAAUGGAGACAAAUUUUCCAGAGCAGGUUUGUUUUAAAGCUCUGAACAUUAAUCUGUGCUGUUCAUGGUAUCCACUACAGGAAGACAAUGAUGGGAAACGGGGCUUGUUUCAGCUUUGCUCUUUUCAAUAAUUCAUGUGUGGUUGUUUUGCAGAGAUGCCUGGUAUCAAGAUGGCAGGUUGCUCCUGAUCAUCGUCACACUUUGUAUUGUUCUACCUCUGUCCAUGUCACCUAAGAUAGGUGAGUAAGAACAACUUGUCGAGUCUUUAUUUCCUGUACCAGACGUUUGGAUUGUUGUUUCACACCAGAUUUGACUUGAAUUCUCAGGUUUUCUCGGCUACACCAGCAGUAUUGCCUUCUUCUUCAUGCUCUACUUUGCAAUUGUGGUGAGUUUUUUAAAAAUAUAUUUCCUCUUUUUAAAUAUUAUAUUUUGAAUAUUUCUGUUGCUGACUAGCUGUAAUUUCUCCUCUUCAGGUUGUGGUGAAGAAAUGGUCCAUCCCCUGCCCACUGCCUCACAAUGUAACUACGCUUUCAGAUACCUUCCAGGUAAUAACAACAUCCUCAAUUUUCCACACCAACCCAUGCACACACACACACACACACACACACACACACACACACACACACACACACAUACACACCAAAAGUAAAAGAAACUUUAAGCCUGAGGUCUGUAGUCUGGACCAGACGGUCACGGCCACAGGAUUAUGAGGGGAAACCCAGGAGACCAGAGUUUACCGACUGUGUCGACUGGCUGAUGAGGACCAGAGGAGGCUGCAUGGUGAAUGGUGCCAGUCCUCCUGAGGGGGAAGGAAGUUCAUGUGACCUCGCAUCAGGCUGGAAAUAACCUCUGGCCUUUUGGAAUUAUACAGACCGUACUGUGGCUUCAAUCCGAGCGUGGUUUACCUGGAAGCUUGUUUUGCCUUUUAGCUCCAGAGCUAGGCAUUUCCAACACAGAUCUCUUGUUUCUCUUAUUUGCAGUAGCAGCACUGUUAAAGUCAGAAAUAACUCUCUCUAUCUUCUCUCUUUGUUAUACAGACAUCCAAUUCCUCUGGCUCUGAAUGCACACCAAAGCUCUUUGUCGUUUCCAGCAAGGUACGUUUAUGAAAACAAGUUCUUUUCUCACACUGAACCUCUCAGGUGGCAAAUGAGAAGCUGUUGAAAGUGGUUCUGCUGUAUUUGUAAGUGGUUCUCAGUAUGUGUAAGUUAAGGAGUGCACUGUACAGCUGCUACUCACAUGUACCUAACAUGUAAAGUCCAUAUGUGCAUGUGGGUUUGAGGAAAUACAUCCCUUCUGUUAAACUGAACUGGACAUUGUUUUUAAAAAGGAACCUCCAAAAGUCAUAAACAUCUUCACCCCCUAACAAAAAUAUCACAAACUUCACCUUGACCCACCUCUCCGCUCACUCCAGUGUUACACUGUAAGCUGAUAAUCUGUAACUGACAGCUGUGAUCUGACUGAUGUGUCUUUUUUAGAGCGCCUACGCCAUCCCCACCAUGGCUUUCUCCUUCCUGUGUCACACAGCCAUCCUGCCGAUCUACUGUGAACUAGACCGGUCAGCACCAUCUUACAAUAACCUUUUACUGUUUCGGCAUAAGCCUGCUUUGGUGACAUUUUUCUAAGCCAAUGUGUCCUGCUGUCUUUCAGACCCACAAAGAAGAGGAUGCAGAAUGUGACAAAUGUCAGUAUCAGCCUCAGCCUCCUGCUUUACCUUAUCUCUGCGCUGUUUGGUUACCUCACCUUCUACGGUAAGCCUACAGUUAAACACAGUCAUCUUUGACUACUCAGAGCAUGUGUAUCAAAUGUUAUCUUGAUCGUAAAAUUGUGCUGCAUCUCUCUCGUCCUCUCCUCAGCUCACGUGGACUCUGAGCUGUUGCUCAGCUAUGACGUGUAUCUGCGUCAUGACAUCAUGGUGAUGACCGUCAGACUGGCCAUCCUGCUCUCCGUGUUGCUGACCGUGCCUCUCAUUCAGUUCCCUGUAAGUGCACUGAUACUAGUUAAUUCUGUCAACACAGGAAAACACCCGAGAGUCUCUCUUUGUUGAAUGUUUGAUUCUGUUUGACUAGUUUGAAAUGUGAAAUGAAAUUUUGUUCAAGCUUUACUCUGUAUGUUUAUUCCACAGCUUUUUAUUAGUCUUUUCAAAUCAGUGUCUUUUCAUAACUGCUUAUUUCCUUUUCUGUUACAGUAACUUAACCUUAAACUAACCGUGACUCUCUGGGUGUAUUUGCCUACACUGAGCUUUAUCUGUUUAUGUAUGUGUUUGCUGCAGGCUCGUAAAGCUGUCACCUUGCUCCUGCGUGGGGAUCAACCCUUCUCCUGGCUGACCCACGUCGUUGUAACUCUUCUGAUCUUGGCUGCUGUGCUGCUGUUGGCCAUCUUCGUGCCGGACAUCAGACAUGUGUUUGGAGUUGUGGGUAGGUGGUGUUUUAAAGAAAAUAAAUUUAGCUCGACAGUUUUGUCUCUGUAAGCAGUAUUUUUUUUAAAUUUUACAAACAUAGACAUGACGUUGCUUCUUUGUUUUCAACUGCGGCAGACGGUAAAAGCAGCCAAUCUCUCUGCUGAAAUGUCGGUGUUCAGGAGUAUUGAUCCUGAUGACUAGCAUCACAGUCUCCCCUCAUACAUAAUAAAUGUUGCAGAGCUGCUCAAACCAUUUAUGACGCUGGAGACUUCAGACAGAAAAUGAAUAGUUAGCAUUCCAGUCAACUUCUGUGCUCCUUCCUCAGGAUCAACCACAUCCAGCUGCCUGUUAUUUGUCUUCCCCGGCAUCUUCUACCUCAAGAUCAGCGGCCGACCCUUGAAAACGUUUGACUCCAUCGGGGUAACUAACUACACACUGUCCUUAUGUUGUGGAUUUUUGUUUUAUGGUGAAAGUGCUGACGGUUGUUUUUGUUGUGUAUCUGUUUUCAGGCUUUGGUUCUGAUGAUCUUUGGCUUGAUUAUGGGAAUCAUCAGCCUCUCUGUCAUUAUCAUCACAUUGGUACAGAGCUCCUGACACAAUCUACACCCCCCCACCCCCUCUUCCCAAAUUCAGAACCAGAACAACAAAGGGAAAAACGUGCCAAAGAAACUCUAUACUGGAUAAAGAAAGGAAACGGGCAGAUUUGAAUCAGCUUCACCUCAGGCAGGUUAUUUAAGGGAACAUUUUUCUGAACACUAAGAGUUUUUUUUCCUUCUUUUUUAUUUUUUAUUUUAUUUUUGUAACUCACAAUUGGACCAAGGUUUGCACAAAUGAGCUGAUGGGGAAACGAGACCUUCUUACUGAUUUUAACACUCUUUCUUACACCGGGACUUUGCACACUUUUUCCUCCUUUUUCCCACUUUAAAUAAAAAGAGAGCUGAUGUUGCCUAUGCCAGAAAAAUCUAAUGAAGUUCAAGGGAAGAUGUCAGUUUUCCUUUCUUUUCCUUUGUUUUAAAAUUUAUUUCCAUUUUGCCUUUGUUACAGACUCUGUAAUGCCCUGUGUGAAGGAUCAUGCACUUUAUAUAAACCAGUGUGAUAUUAUGUAAAAAGGCUGUUGACCAAGUCUGAAUCACAAAUGUGUCAGGUUUACAUUUUCUCUAAUUAUGUCGAGUUUUACUCUUUGCUGGUUCUGUGACUAACAGGGCUGCUAGAUUAAGGGCAAACUGGUUUUAUUUUCUUUACUUGAUUGUUUUUUAUUUUCUUUUAAACUCGUUUUUAUUAUUCAAUCAGUGCAGUGACUUUCGUCACCACUUACAGUCUGAACCUCAGGUACAAGUGUUAUUGCUGUGACUUGGAUUCUUGAGCUUUAAUGAAUGUGACAAAAACGGAUUUUUUUCUAACUGAUCAGGUUUUGUUUGAACCAGUGAAUUACACGAUGGACUCCAUGUGUCUGUAUUACCAAAACUGUGUAGUGUUCAACACCAAGCUACCACCGUUUAAUAAAAGGGAUAUUCUUUAUAUACUGA